UCCCUCACGCCACAUCACCGUGACCACACCAGCGUGUGCGUUGAUCUCUCGCUCCCUUCUUCCUGUCCCUGAGGAGAGCCCUUGCUUGAUCUCUUCUCCACACUACACCACACCACACCACACCACACCUGUCGUUCAGCAGCACCCUCUUCAAUCACUCUUGAUCCCGCCUCCCCUCUCGCCUUGCGCACACGCAACGCAGCCAAGCAUGGAUGUCGAUGCUGGCAACAAUGGGGAUCUGGGAACAGCAGCGGCACUGGGUGCUGCAGGCGGAUCUGGGUUUGUCCUGGCGUACCUGCUGGUGGCGCUGCUGUUUGCGCUCCCAUGCUCUGUCCCGUGCCUUGAUGCAACCAUGAAGUGCAUUGGGUGCGAGGGCUGCCCGGAUGACUGCUGCGCUGGGCCGCACGAAGACGAAGAGGAGGAGGAGCUCAUCCACACGCACAAAGCACACGAGAAGCAGCAACACGACAACAGAGGAUACCGGCCCCUGCUUGGCGUCAACGGCAGCGGAGGCGUUGACGAUGAUGAAGAAGUGCAGUUUGAGCGCGUGCGGUACCUUUCCAACGCGUCCUCCUACCGCCUGCAUGAGCGCCUCUUGGACAACAGCGCCCCCGUGGUGUCCCAAACCCAGCAGCAUGUGCCCAUGAACGAGCAGCCAGAUGAGAUGCCUGGCACAGCAUCAUCGUCGUCGGUGGCGCCACCACCUCCCCCUCCACUCAGCCGGCCUCCCGCGCCAAUUGUCACGGUCGAGCCUGCUGAUGGCGGCGACGACGACUACCGCGCCGGUAGCCACGUGGACAUGGAGAGCGAUGGUGUCGGCCACAGUCAUGACAGCGACGGCGACGGCGACAGCGGCGGUGGUGGCGGCGGCGGCGGUCAUUUUGGCACGUUCCUGAUCCUGGUGGAGCUGCUUGCCUCCAUCCCGGAAUCCUUACUGCUGGCCGUGGCCUUGUCCGAGGGCAAGACGCCGUCUGCGAUCCUGGCAUCUGUGAUCAUCCUCAACUUUGCUGCUGGGUUUGCCAUGUUUGUGGACUUGAUUCGGCCAGCAGCGACAUCAGGCAAGGCCUAUGGCCGGCGCGGGCACAAGGAGUCGCGCAUCCACCAGCUCAUGUUCAUCGCCACGUCUGCAGCCGCAGGCAUGCUCAUCUUCUCUGUUGCAGCGGAGGUGUAUGUGGAGUUUGAGGAGACGGAUCCAGACUGCCAGCGCGUGGAAUCGUACACGCCGAUGCUGGAGCUGUUUGCUGGCACGGCGUUUGGCGCGUUCCUCGUUAUUCUGCUGGUGUGGGUGAGUGGGUCCCGCUAUGCCCACCGCUACAAGGACAAGCUCAUGCGCGCGCUGUCACGCUUGCGGCGCCGCUCAUCACCAUCAUCAUCGUCGUCGUCGUCGUCGUCGUCGUCGGUGUGCAGCCUGAGCAACGCGUACAUCAAGGCACUGCUGCUGGUGCUGUUUCUGUCCCUGUGGCUGUUCAUGCUCACCAUCUUUGGGUUCCUCAUUUUCUCCAACUCCUCUGGUGGCAACCACAACUUCACGGAGGGCGUUGGUGGGGGUGCGUUCCUGUUCACCAUUGGGGGCACGCUGAUACCGGAGGCGCAGAAGGCGUCGCGCCUAACGGGAUGGUCGUCGCUUCGCAAGGAGAUUAUCAGCGCAGUCACAUUCUUGGUUGGCUUCCUGGCUGCCGUCGUUGUGGUUGUGCUUGCAGAAGAGGAUCACGUGUGCAUCCCCAAGAACGCCGUCGUCACAACAACAGCCGCACCUUGACACGUGUGUGUGUGUGUGUGUGUGUGUGU